AUGGCUACAAUGAAGAUGACUGUUGAGAAGGAAGCUAAUCCCAACGUUGGGAAAAGAGCUUACGUCACUUUCCUUGCUGGUAACAAAGAUUACUGGAUGGGUGUGGUUGGCCUUGCCAAAGGACUUCGCAAAGUGAAGUCGGUUUAUCCUCUUGUGGUGGCAAUUCUCCCAGAUGUGCCUGAGGAGCACCGUCAAAUUCUGGUGGCUCAGGGAUGCAUCAUCCGUGAGAUUGAACCUGUCAUUCCACCGGAAAACAAAGCUGGUUAUUCCAUGCCUUACUUUGUUCUCAACUACUCCAAACUUCGUAUUUGGGAGUUUGUGGAGUAUGAAAAGGUGAUAUACCUAGAUGGAGACAUACAAGUAUUUGGUAAUAUCGAUCAUCUUUUUGAUUCUCCCCCCGGUUACUUGUAUGCGGUUAAAGAUUGCUUUUGUGAGAUAUCAUGGUGCAAAACUCCACAAUACCAGAUCGGUUACUGCCAGCAGUCGCCUGAAAAGGUGACAUGGCCGGUGGAAAGCCUUGGUUCUCCGCCACCUAUAUAUUUCAAUGCUGGUAUGUUAAUGUUUGAACCAAAUCUUGACACUUAUGAAGAUCUUCUCCGUGUUGUUCAAGUCACCACACCAACUUACUUUGCGGAACAGGAUUUCCUGAAUAUGUACUUUAGAGACACUUACAAGCCAAUCCCUUCAACUUACAACCUUGUAUUGGCUAUGCUUUGGCGUCAUCCUGAAAAUGUUGAACUUGAUCAAAUCAGUGUCGUUCACUAUUGUGCAAAUGGUUCGAAGCCUUGGAAAUAUGAUGAAACCGAAGAACGCAUGGACCGUGAAGACAUAAAAAUGUUGGUGAAAAAAUGGUGGGAGAUUUACGAAGAUCCAAGUUUGGACUACAAGAACUAUGUCGAGGCUGAGUCUAAGCUGAAUCCGAAUCCGAUCACUGCAGCAUUAGCUUCCAAUGAAACUGGUGGUGAUGACCUUACCAACCUUGCCCCAUCUGCCGCAUAA